UCAGAACUGAAGAAGAUUGACACAAAAACACGCAAACUAUUGAACAUGCACAAGAUGUUACAUCCUAAAGCAGAUGUGGAAAGGCUGUACAUCCCAAGAAAAGAUGGAGGUAGGGGCCUGAUUGAUGAAGAAACAGCAUUCAAAACAGCAACAGUAGGGCUUGAUUACUAUCUGAAGCACAAAGAAUGGCAAUAUCCAAAGCAGGUGCUUGACCAUGAAAGAUCUAAAGCAAAAAAUUCAAUAUCCAAGAAUGCUACUAAAUUCAAAAGGGAAGUAACAAUGCUAGAGAUUGAGAACAGAGAAGAUAAAUCUGCCUCUGAAAAUACUAAAGCCCUUAAACACGUGUUUAAGUCCAAGAUGACGUCAAUGAAAGAAGAGAAGUGGAAAAACAAAGCAUUGCAUGGCCAGUAUCCAAAGAUCCUAGAGAAGCCUCACGUAGACACAGUCACCACCAACAAAUGGUUGUCAAGUAAUUUGAAUGGAGAAAAAGAGGGACUACUUGUAGCAGCUCAAGACCAGGCAAUAAACACCAGAAACUACCAGAAAGUAAUAUGUGGCCAGCAAGUGGAGAGCAAAUGCAGAAUGUGUUCGCAAUAUGAAGAGUCAGUGGACCAUAUUGUAUCUGAAUGUGAGGUAUUAGCCAAA